ACAUCGACGAGUGCGCCAAAUCGAAGACUCAGUGCCCUGGACCUUGCAUCAACCUCCCUGGAACUUUCCGCUGUGACUGUAAUAUUCCUGGGUUCAUCAGUACUCAGUCUAUGGAUCACUGCAGAGAUGUCGACGAAUGUGCGGUAGAUAACGGUGGAUGUGAUGGUGUUUGCAUCAACACUUUCGGCAGCUUCGAGUGUCGGUGUGAGACCAAAGGGAAGAAACUCGAUGAGGACAGACGGUCAUGUGUGGAUGUGGACGAAUGCACGAGGUACAAGAGCAAGGUGUGUGCCAACGGUCAUUGCCUGAACACAGACGGCUCCUUCACUUGCACCUGCAAAAACGGUUUCAGACAGUCGGUCAGCUUGAACUCUUGCGAAGACAUUGACGAGUGUGCGGACGACAACGGUGGUUGUUCCCAGGUGUGCUACAACACUCCGGGAUCGUUUAGGUGUUCAUGUGAAGAGGGUUUCGCCAUUGCCGAGGACAAGGCGAGCUGCAAAGACAUCAACGAAUGCUUGAACAAGCGCGGGGGCUGCUUGGAUGUUUGCGUCAAUUCUGUGGGCUCCUUCCGCUGUUUGUGCACUCACGUAGGCAUGGUGCUCUCCGAGGAUGGGCUCACCUGUAAAGGUUGUACCAGCAGACAGUUCUACAAUAGAAGUACCUCCUCCUGUAAUAACUGUCCCAGCCACGCCCACGCUCGUGACGGGCUCGCGCUGUCAGUUCAGGACUGCAGAUGUGACAAAGGUUUCCAUGGUAACCCUCGUCUUGGGGUGCAGUGUCAAGACACCAACGAAUGCCACACUGGCCACAUGAAUUGUUCCCACGAAUGUGUCAACACAGAAGGAAGUGCCCAUUGCGCAUGUCCAGAUGGAUUUAUGGUCGACAAAGAUGGAAUCACAUGUCAAGACAUCAACGAGUGCCGAAUGCUGACACACGACUGCAGCCAAAUCUGUGACAAUACCGAGGGUUCAUUCUCGUGUCGCUGUUUCUCCGGAUACCGGAUCCAGGAAGACAACAUCACCUGUACAGAUUUUGACGAGUGUGCCAACUCUCUGGCUCCGUGCUCACAUGAAUGUGUCAAUACCGAUGGAGGUUACUCAUGCAUCUGCCCGACAGGUUUUCACCUCAGCAGCAACCAUAUUGACUGCAAUGAUACUGACGAAUGCCAGUUGAAUGUCUCACCCUGCCAGCACACCUGCACCAACACCUUGGGUUCUUACAUCUGCCAGUGUGACGGACCAGGGUUCAAACUGUCACGGGAUCUGUCCUCGUGCUUAGACAUAAACGAAUGUAUGGAAGGAGACAAUCCGUGCCCUAACAUUUGUGUCAACACUGUGGGCUCAUACUCUUGUGACUGCACCACACCUGGUUAUCACCUGGUUGCCAACACCUCAGUCUGUGAAGAUAUAGACGAAUGUCACCAGACACACAACCCCUGCUCCCACACGUGUGUAAACGUACCAGGGGGUUUCACCUGUAUGUGUCCAGCUGGUUUCGAACUCACCCCACAAACUAACUCAACCGUCUGCAACAUGUGUCCCUAUGGGAUGUACAGAAGUGAGCAGGACGCUACCUGCCAGCGAUGUCCUCCAGGGACCAACACGACCCAGAGAGGCAGCACAUCCAUCGAGCAAUGUCUUUGUCGGGAUGGAUACAGGGAGGACCCUGGACGAAGUGGACUUUGCAUAGAUGUUGACGAGUGCAAAUUGGGAUUACUAAAAUGUCAACAGGAUUGCGUCAACACUGACGGCACGGCGCGCUGUGAUUGCCUUCCAGGUUUUGUUUUACACGCAGAUAAGAUUUCAUGCAGUGAUGUCAACGAGUGUGCAGUGCAACACGGUGGGUGUGCCCACAAAUGUGUCAACACAAUCGGUUCCUUUCGGUGCGAGUGCAACAAGAACUACAGACUGGUCGACGAUGGUCUAUCGUGUGAAGAUGUCGAUGGAUGUGACAAGGAGAUCUAUGGGUGUGAGUAUAGGUGUGCCAUUACCAAAGGAGGACCUUCCUGUGUCUGCCAACCCGGGUACGAGCUACUGCCAGAUGGCAGAAAAUGCAGCGAUAUUGAUGAAUGUAAGUUACGUAAAGGUGGCUGCACAGAUACGUGUAUAAACACACCAGGCUCCUACAGGUGCGAGUGCAACAUUCCAGGCUACACACUUUCCAAGGAUGGCAAACAGUGCGUGGAUCUUAAUGAAUGCGAACAAGAGGACGCUUGUGAGGAUGUGUGCGCAAAUUCUAUUGGCUCAUUCAAAUGUUAUUGCCGGAAACAGGGAUUUGCGCUUGCGCAAGAUAAAAGACACUGUGAAGACAUUGACGAGUGUGCCAGGCCAAGAACUUGCCAGCACAGGUGUACCAACCUACCUGGCUCAUACAGGUGUGACUGCGACCCCGGACACUACAAGCACGGCCACAACUGUAUUCCAUGCGACAAGGGAAGCUACCGAGGUUUCAAAGACUCCGACCAGAGAUGCAUGUUUUGUCCCCCUGGUAUGACAACAUCCGGGAAAGCUACUGAGUCAGUCCGCGGAUGUUACUGCCCAUCGGGUUUCUAUGGUAAAGCGGAGUUGAACGAAACAUGCGAGGAUGUGGAUGAGUGUGCAAGGAAUAAUGGAGGUUGUGAUCAUAAGUGUAACAACACUGCUGGCUCCUUCCACUGCUCCUGCAGCCUCGGGUACGCCCUGCAGUCGGACAACAAGACAUGCAUCCCCACCAUAUGCCCACUGCUGGAGAUUCCAAAGUACGCCAAAUUUACGACCCCAGAGUGCGAGGCGAUGAGUCAUGGCUUUCAUGUGACUCCAGGGACGACGUGUUCUGUUAAAUGCAAGGGUUCCUUUAUUUUACGUGGCUCAGAAAGAAGAAGCUGCCUGUCUAAUUUUACGUGGACUGGUUCGCAACCCAACUGCACAGGGGCGUAUUCUUGUGAUCGCUUGCCACUGCCACAGAACGGAUACCUGGAGCCGCCGCUGUGCAUGUUGCUGAGUGUACCCUUCCGAACGCGAUGUCACAUUCGAUGCAACAGCGGUUACAAGCUUCAAGGGCGAAUCGCCUCCAAAUGUCGGGCCUUUAACAAGUGGAGUGGAAAACUUACAUAUAGGUGCAUCAAGAGGAAAUAUCUAAAGGACAUGUGA